AUGGAUUCUUUUGCUGAAAUCUUCUUCAAGCUGCUGUUUCUGCUCCCACUUCAUCACUGGAAUAUAUUAGCAGCAGGAAACACAUAUAAUUGUGAUGAUCCGCUGGUGUCUGCCUUGCCUCAAUCAUCAUUCAGUAGUUCAUCAGAGCUGUCCAGCAGUCACAGUCCAGGAUUCGCAAGGCUUAAUCGAAGAGAUGGUGCUGGUGGCUGGACUCCACUCAUAUCUAAUAAAUAUCAGUGGCUCCAGAUUGAUCUUGGUGAGAGAACUGAAAUUACUACUGUUGCUACCCAAGGUGGAUAUGGGAGUUCCAACUGGGUAACGAGCUACCUCCUGAUGUUCAGUGACAGUGGAAGGAACUGGAAGCAAUAUCGUCAAGAAGAAAGCAUUUGGGCUUUUUCAGGAAACACCAAUGCAGACAGUGUGGUAUCAUAUAAACUCCAACAUUCCAUUAAAGCAAGAUUCCUGAGGUUUGUCCCUUUGGAUUGGAACCACAAUGGCAGAAUUGGGAUGCGGAUUGAGGUCUAUGGCUGUGCUUACAGAUCUGAGGUUGCAGAUUUUGAUGGAAAAAGUUUCCUGCUCUACAGAUUUAAUCCCAAAUCCACAACAGCCCUGAAGGACAUAAUUUCUCUGAAGUUUAAAACAAUCCAAAGAGAUGGGAUUCUGCUACACAGAGAAGGACAAAAUGGAGAUCAUAUCACAUUGACAUUAGCUAAUGGAAAGCUUUCCUUACUCAUCAACAUAGGUGAUGCUAAAAUAUAUUCUGCUGAUGCCCAGAUUAAUAUCACUCUGGGUAGCCUUUUGGAUGAUCAGCACUGGCACUCAGUCCUCAUUGAACAUUUCAAUAACCAAGUGAACUUUACAGUUGAUAAACACACUCACCAUUUUCAUGCAAAAGGAGAAUUCAAUUAUUUGGACCUUGAUUAUGAGCUCAGCUUUGGAGGGAUUCCAGUGCCUGCAAAAUCAGGGAUAUUACCAUGGAAAAACUUUCAUGGAUGUUUUGAAAAUCUUUAUUACAAUGGUGUGAACAUUAUUGAUUUGGCUAAGAGACAUAAACCUCAGGUCAACAUUAAGGGCAAUAUUUCUUUCUCCUGUUCAGAGCCCCCAAUUAUUCCUGUCACCUUUUUGAACCCCAACAGCUAUCUAGCAUUACCUGGUACAUCUGGCCAAGAUGAUAUCUCCAUCAAUUUUCAGUUUCGUACCUGGAACAAUGAGGGGCUGCUGCUAUCAAGUAAACUAUACCAAACGUCAGGUGGCCUCCUUAUGUAUUUGAGUGAUGGGAAGGUUAAACUGAGCUUCUAUAAACCUGGAAAGGCACAGAGUGAUAUCACUGCAGGUGCUGGAUUAAAUAAUGGGCAGUGGCAUUCCAUUUCUUUGUCAGCUAAAAAGAAUCGUGUCACCCUAGUCAUAGAUAAUGAUGCAAGUGCUUCCUCUCAUGCAUCAAUACCCAUCCAGAUUUCAUCAGGAGACACUUACUACUUUGGAGGAUGUCCUACCAAUGCCAACAGUUCAGAAUGUAAAAAUCCAUUUGCUGGCUUCCUUGGAUGUAUGAAACUAAUUUCCAUUGAUAACAAGGCAGUGGAUUUAAUUUCAGUUCAGCAAAACUACUUGGGAAAUUUUAGUGAUCUUCAGAUAGAUUUGUGUGGGAUUAUAGACAGAUGUCUGCCCAAUUAUUGUGAACAUGGUGGCGAAUGCUCACAAUCCUGGAAUACUUUCUAUUGCGAUUGUGCGAACACAGGUUACACAGGGGCUACGUGUCAUUAUUCUAUUUAUGAACAAUCGUGUGAAGCCUAUAAGCACAGAGGAAACACUUCAGGCUUUUACUAUAUCGAUUCAGAUGGGAGUGGCCCCCUGGGGCCAUUUCUUGUAUACUGCAAUAUGACAGACACAACCUGGACAAUUAUACAACACAACAACACUGAGUUAACCAGAGUCAAAAGUGCUAAUCGAGAGAACCCACACACUGUAUUUUUCAAAUAUGCUGCCACUCUAGAACAGCUUCAGGCUACAAUUAACCAUGCAGAACACUGUGAACAGGAGCUUGCUUACCACUGCAAAAAGUCACGGCUAUCAAAUAAGCGAGAUGGAAUUCCAUUCAGCUGGUGGAUUGGAAAAAUCAAUGAGACGCAGACUUACUGGGGAGGUUCCAUGCCAGAUGUUCAAAAAUGUGCAUGUGGAAUACAAGGAAGCUGCAUUGAUUCCCAGCAUGACUGUAACUGUGAUGCUGACAGAAACGAGUGGGUUAAUGAUACAGGACUCCUGUCCUAUAAGGAUCACCUGCCAGUAACUGAACUUGUCAUCACAGAUACAGACCGACCCAGUUCUGAAGCAGCUUACAAACUUGGGCCUUUGCUUUGCCAGGGUGAUAGGGAGUUUUGGAAUGCAGCUUCCUUCAACACUGAGGCCUCAUAUCUUCAUUUCCCCACUUUCCAUGGAGAACUCAGUGCAGAUGUGUCCUUUUUCUUUAAGACUACAGCUUCCUCUGGUGUAUUUCUAGAGAAUCUGGGGAUCAAAGACUUCAUAAGGAUAGAGCUGCAUUCACCAACUGAAGUGACAUUUUCCUUUGAUGUGGGAAAUGGGCCUAAUGAAAUCACAGUUCAGUCACCCGCUCCCUUAAAUGACAACCGAUGGCACUAUGUGAAGGCUGCAAGAAACAUCAAAGAGGCAUCACUGUAUGUGGAUCACCUCCCGCAAAGGACACACACGGCUCCAUCUGAUGGGCAUAUCCGCUUGCAGCUCAACAGUCAGCUCUUUGUUGGUGGGACAGCAUCCAGGCAAAAGGGAUUUCUGGGGUGCAUUCGAUCCUUGCAGUUAAAUGGAGGAGCACUUGAUCUGGAAGAAAGAGCAAAAAUAACCCCAGGUGUAAAACCAGGCUGUCCUGGACAUUGUAGCAGCUAUGGUAACUUAUGUUGGAAUGGAGGAAAAUGCAAGGAAAAAUACAAUGGAUUCUCUUGUGACUGCACUUUUUCUGCAUACACAGGGCCAUUCUGUAAGAAAGAGAUCUCUGCAUAUUUUGGAGCUGGCUCUUCAGUGACAUACAACUUUCAAGAAUCCUACAACUUGGCUAAAAACUCCAGUUCUCAUGCAGCUUCUUUCCAUCCUGAUAUGACGCUGACCAGAGAAAUGAUCACUUUUACCUUUCGAACAACACGGAUUCCAAGUUUACUGCUCUAUGUAAACUCCUUCUACAAGGAGUAUCUUUCAGUUAUUCUUGCAAAAAAUGGAAGUUUACAGAUCAGAUACAAGCUCGAUAGUCAUCAAGAUCCUGACAUCUUUAGCAUCAGUUUCAAAAGCAUGGCCGAUGGGCAGCUUCACCGUGUGCAGAUUAACAGAGAGGAAGAAAAGCUAUUUGUGGAGGUUAACCAGAAUGAAAGGAUGAAGUUCUUUCUGUCUUCGGAUACACAAUUCAAUGCAAUCAAGUCCCUCACACUUGGCAAAAUCUUAGCAGAGAAUAGUGAUGCAGACCCAGAUACCAUGAAGGCAAGCUUUCAGGGGUUUAUUGGAUGUCUUUCUUCAGUGCAGUUCAACCAUAUUGCUCCUUUGAAGGCUGCACUGCACCACUCCAGCUCGGCUCCAGUCACUGUGAAAGGACAUGUGAUCGAAUCCAGCUGUGGCACUUCAACAGCAGCAGAUGCAACCUCAAGUGAGACAACACAUUCCUUUGCAGAUCAUUCGGGACCAAUAGAUGAGGGAGAACCUUUAGCUAAUGCAAUAAGAAGUGACUCUGCAGUUAUUGGAGGUGUGAUAGCUGUUGUGAUAUUCAUUCUGCUCUGCAUUGCUGCCAUUGCUGUGCGGAUUUACAAAAAGAAAACUGUAUAUAAAAAAAAGGAGGCACAAGGAUCAGAAAAUGAAGACAGUGCUGAGACUGCCCUCAAGAGUGAGCUGAACACACAAAACGCAGUCAAUGAAAAUCAAAAGGAGUACUUCUUCUGA